GCCAUCGAGUUGAUCUUGAUUCGUGUGGCGUCAAACUUUCUGAUAUAUGAAACAGCACCUUCGACCGAGCCAACGCCCAACCCGCAAACUCCUCCACGAUCCCGGUCUAAAAACAUGUCGAAUACACGCAUCCCCUUCUUCCUCCCCUUCAUCCUCAUCGCCCUCGUUUUCAUCCUCAUCCUCCAAUCCGCCUUCCAGUCCCCCAACGACAUCAGCCGGCUGGGUGAACCCCUAGCCGAGGCGGUACGCGGAGAACGCGUCCGCGAGCCAUCGUCGGCUGAGCGGUACGCUUCCGAGCAUCAACAGCACCAAGGAGGAGGCGAGCCGCAGCCGCAGCCGGAGGUUGCGAAGGAGGUGGUUGUCCCCGGGACGGGCAGGCCGGGGUCGGAGGUGGUGGAGUCGCAGGCUUUGACGCAGUUGACGGCGGAGGUUAGGCAGAUACGCGAGUUUUUGAAGAGGAAGUUUGGGAAGGGGGGUGAUAAAAGUGCGAAGCCGGAUCCUCAGAGGCAGGACGAUGUAAACAGAACCGCGCUUGUGGGCCUCUUGACGGUUCCCUGGAAGCUGCAACGGCGCGCUCUCAUCCGCGCAACCUAUCUCCAGCUCAAACCACCCGGCAUCGAUUUCUACUUUGUCUUUGGCCGCCCCAACACGCCCGAAGAGCAACACCUCCUCGAAUGGGAGCACAAGCUAUACAACGACAUCAUGAUCAUCGACGUCGAAGAAAACAUGGACAGCGGCAAGACCUACCACUACUUCACCCACGUCGCCAAGAACGUCCGCGACGGCAAAUACAAAUUUAUCAUGAAGACCGACGACGACGUGUGGCUGCACCUGCCCAACCUCGAAAAGCGGCUGCAGGGCCUCCCGGAGCAGGGAACGUAUUUCGGGCGCGCGGUGCAAAACUCCUUCAUGGCGGGGAUGGGAUACGUGCUGUCGUGGGAUCUGGUGCGCUGGAUCGCCGAGGACCCGUUUCCGGAGGAGAACAAGCUGGGGCAGGAGGAUGCUAUGGUGUCAUUCUGGCUGCGAAGAGGAGAUGUGCUGAGGAAUUGGAUUAGUGAGGAUAAUGAGUUCUAUGAUGAUCCGCAGUCGGGCCAGGGAUGGGCACAUGCUUACACCUCGGGGACGAUCUUGAUUCAUCGGUUGAAGAAUGAGACUAUGUUCAUUGAUGCUACCGCGCAUUUCUUUGAGACUUCUUCGUUGUCGCCGAAUGGGCGGAGGCGUGAUUGAUAGUGGGCAAGGGACUGGAGGGCAGUUUUGU